CACAUUUAGCAUGGAGGAUGUAUGAAAAGUGUCUACCUGUGUGAAGGAGGGAAACAUGAGCCAUAAUUAAGAGGAUUUUAAUUGGAAUAUAAGAAAAAUCUGAAGGAGUUGAGAAUGUCUGACGUAACAAAUGCAGAUUUCCGCUGUAAACAUGGAGAUACGAUUUGUGAGGUCCGUGUGUAUGAGCAGGAGGUGAUUGUAGUGCCCAUCCUGCUUCUGGCUGCCUUCUUGGUCACGCUGGUCUUCAUUUUGCUGCUGCGCUUCUGUCCAGAGAGAGUCGAUAAGAUCCGUCCCCAGGCCUCAAAGCAAAACACCAGGAGGGUGCUGCAUGGCAUCGAUGCUCCACCUGGUAUCAAUGUUCUCGAACAUGAAAGCAUCGCUCUGGACAUACCCAGUUCCUACUCCACCUUCAACCCCCCCACCACUUACCCCUCAAAAAACCUUUCCAUACCUGUGAUCACACCCACCCUCUCACCCAAUCCCCCUCAGCAGACCUACCAGCCCAGUUUUACUCCUAUUGUCCAGCCCAGAGAAUUACCCCGUCAGAGGCUGCCUGAGUCCUUCAAUCUGGUUUCUCCCCUGCCUGCUGCUUUCUCCCUGCGCUCCGACUCCUCUGUGUCCCUCUACAGGGCCCGCAUGGAGAACAGGAAUGUGGUGCUGCGAGUCCUGAAUGACUCUGCUGAUGCCACAGAGAGACAUAACUUCCUGGGCUUUGCAUCUUUCUUGUCCCAGCUUGGACCACAUCCCUUCUUACCAGAGCUUCUUGGUGUGGUCUCACUUCGAGCACCUCUAGUUACUGUUGUGGAAGAGCUGGAGAACAGAGAUCUGCUUAGCUAUCUGUGGCGAUGCAGACAGGAAAAUGUGAGUCCACCCUGUGAGAUGACAGAGAGACGAAUAUUUACCAUGGCCAAACAGGUGGCCUCAGCUCUGGAGUUUCUUCACAGUAAAGAUCUUCUCCAUGGAAACAUUCGUGCCCGCAGUGUGUUGGUCAGUAAAGAGCACACGGCCAAGCUUUGGGGCCUGCAUGGGGUCUACACAAGGAAGAACCAGGUCACCACUCAGAAAGAGGAUCCCAGCAUGAAGAAAUGGCAGGCACCAGAGCUGUUAGCAAGGAGACCUGCCAGCCAGAGCAGCGACAUUUGGUCAUUUGGCGUUUUACUGUAUGAAAUGGCAACACUGGGUGAAGCUCCUUUUGCUGAAGUCUCCGUUAAUGAACUCCUGCAGUUCCAUCAACGAGGGAAGAAUCUGAAAAAACCUUCAAACUGUUCCAACACCCUACACUCCGUCAUCAAGGGUUGCUGCCAUUGGAAGGACCAAGAUCGGCCCUCUCUGGCUGAGUUGAGCCGUAAGCUGGUCUCAGCAGAGAAGGGUGUGUCUGACAAAGUCAUAAAGGCGCCCGGGCCAAUGAACAUUGAGCAGUACCUGCAGGAAGCCGGAUACGGAGAAUCCAACAGCUACACUGUUUUCUGAUCUCUGCAUGUUCCAGCUAUAUUAAAAUAUAAAUUGCACUAUUCCCAAACACCCCAUUGGUGCACUUUUACAAAAACAGUAUCUUUCAGGUGCAAUAAGUGCUUUGGUCACUGAAAAUGAUUCUUUAAUUUUCUUGUUGUAUUCUUCUUCUACUCUAACCCAAGUAGAACCUCAUUCAUGUGUUUUUAUUUGUAUAAUCUUUACUAAUAUGUUGAGGGUCAGUCAGGGAAAUACAACCAGUGAUUUUAUUAUAAAAAACUUUGAGAUAUGUAAACUUGAAAAAUGUACAGUUGCUGCAUUCAGAGUUUGUGGCUGUUACUGUCAAUAUACUGUAUGAUGGUUUACAGAUCUUGUUUACAACCGUAGGCCAAUAUAAAUGAACAGAUUUAAUGUAUGUUCUGAGACUUUUUGUAUGAUUCAAAUCAGGCGGUUCUAAAAAUGAAGGGUAUAUAUGUAUUUAUGCUGUUAUUACUGUCUUCUCUAUAAGCCCAGGGACCAACUUGGAGUAACAAAUGACAAACUGUUCACAAAAAUGUGAAUAAAAAUCUCUCCAACUUCA